ACUUACCGCUGACCCCGUGCACUCAGGCGGCGGCUCCGGAUCCCGGAGGUCCAGUGGGCAGCUCCCCAGCACCAGCUAUGAACUACGUGGGGCAACUGGCAGGGACGGUGUUGGGGACGAUGAAGGACAUAUACCGAGGCCUGAACCCGGCCACGCUGAGUGGUGGCAUUGAUGUGCUGGUGGUGAAGCAGGUGGAUGGCUCCUUCCGAUGCUCGCCCUUCCACGUGCGCUUCGGCAAGCUCGGCGUCCUGCGGUCUCGGGAGAAGGUGGUCGACAUCGAGAUCAACGGGGAGCCUGUGGACUUGCACAUGAAGCUGGGGGACAGCGGGGAGGCCUUCUUCAUCCAGGAGUUGGAGAGCGAUGAUGAACACGUACCUCCCUGUCUGUGCACAUCGCCCAUCCCUUGUGGGGACCUGUCUGGGCUCCCCUCAGACUCCCAGCUGAGCACAGCCAGUGAGCCCGAGGCCAUCUCUGACGGGGUGCCCUCCACUGGGCGGAGGAAGAGGCUUCGCAGGAGGAAGCCCAGGCGGAGGGAGGGCACGGUGGCAGCCAAUUCUAGUUCGGAGGAGCUGGAGACAGGCGCUGAGAGUGAGCUGUCCCUGCUGGAAAAGCCAAGGCCAGAGCCCCCAGGCAUCCAGUCAGAAGGGGAGUCCUUACCGCAAGCCAGAGACAUCUACCCCUACUCUGAUGGCGAGUGGGGCCCCCAGGCCGGCCUCCCGCCGGGGGGGCUCACGUCCCCUAAGAGUGACUCAGAGCUGGAGCUGCGGACCCCCGAGCCCAGCCCCCCACGAGCUGAAUCCCACAUACAGUGGGCCUGGGGGAGGCUGCCGAAGGUGGCCAAAGCAGAGUGGCCUGAGUCCUCGAAGGUCGCUGAUGGCAGGGCUGGGUCAGCCUGUCUUCUUCGGGGAGAGCCCAGCACCCCCUCCGCUUCUGUGGCUGGUGCGGACCCUUUGGGACCCCUAAUCCUGCAAGCAGGGGCUGGUACCGACCUUCCUCCUACCGACACGGAGCCUCCCGCUUUGGUGGGCUCCCCUCUCCCCACUCCUGAGAGAAAGGAGACCACGCCUCAGAGCCGCAGGGAUGCAGGCCUGCCUCUUCCCUCGAAAUCCUGGAGCUGGGCCACCCUGGAGGUCCCAGUGGCCACCAGGCAGCCAGAGGGGGGCUCUGGGAGGAAAGGCUCCCUGAAGAGAAGCCAGCAUCUGGGCCCUAGUGACAUCUAUCUGGACGACUUGCCCUCUCUGGAUUCUGAGAAUGCAGCCCUUUACUUCCCCCAGAGUGACUGUGGACUGGGGCCCAGAAGGUGGAGUGAACCCAACAGCCAGAAGCCCCUGGGAGACCCCAACCCCGAACAGGAACCAGAACCCACUCUGGACAUGGUGGAUAUGAUAGAGCUGUCCCUCUGUGGCGGACUCGCUGAGAGCCGGGACAUCUCCCUGGAGAAGUUCAACCAGCACAUCGUCUCCUACCAGGACCUAGUCCAAAACCCUGGCCUCCUUGAGCACCCAAACCUGGUGGUGAAGAUCAGUGACAAGCAUUAUAACUGGGCUGUGGCUGCCCCCAUGAUCCUCUCCCUGCAAGCCUUCCAGAGAAACUUGCCCAAGAGCACCGUGGACAAACUGGAAAAGGAGAAGAUGCCCAGGAAGGGUGGACGGUGGUGGUUUUCCUGGCGACGCCGGGACUUCCCCGCCGGGGAGAGCAGUGCCCAGACUGAGAAAACCACAGCCCGGGAGCAGCAGGGGGAGAAGACUGAUGUCCUGAGUAGUGAGGAUGAUGCCCCAGAGAGCCCUGUGAUCCUGGAUGCCCCCUCUCUGCCACCCUCGACUCCCGCCUACAAGAAGUCCCUCCGCCUCUCCUCCAAUCAGAUACGGCGCCUGAACCUGCAAGAAGGUGCCAAUGACGUGGUCUUCAGUGUGACCACCCAGUACCAGGGCACCUGCCGCUGCAGGGCCACCAUCUAUCUGUGGAAGUGGGACGACAAGGUGGUCAUCUCGGACAUCGAUGGGACCAUUACCAAGUCGGAUGCUCUGGGCCAUAUUCUGCCCCAGCUGGGGAAAGACUGGACACACCAGGGCAUCACCAGUCUCUACCACAAAAUCCACCUAAACGGGUACAAGUUCCUGUACUGCUCGGCACGGGCCAUUGGCAUGGCUGACCUCACCAAGGCCUACCUACAGUGGGUGAGCGAGCGGGGCUGCGGCCUCCCCAAGGGCCCCAUCCUGCUGUCUCCCAGCAGCCUCUUCUCCGCCCUCCACAGGGAGGUGAUUGAGAAGAAACCAGAGGUGUUCAAAAUUGCCUGCCUGAGUGACAUCCGGCAACUGUUCCUGCCCAACGAACAGCCCUUCUAUGCUGCCUUUGGGAACAGGCCCAACGAUGUCACUGCCUACCAGCAGGUGGGCCUCCCUGAAUCUCGAAUCUUCACAGUCAACCCCCGGGGAGAGCUCAUCCAGGAGCUCAUGAAGAACCACAAAUCCACGUACGAGCGGCUGGGCGAGGUGGUUGAGCUCCUCUUCCCACCUGUGGCCCGUGGCCCCAGCGCAGACCUGGACAGUCCUGAAUACAGCAACUUCUGCUACUGGCGGGAGCCCCUGGUUACUGUGGACCUCGAUGACCUGGCCUGAACCGGCCCCAGCUGCCCCCUCCUCCCUGGCCAGGCCCCAGAACUGACUGGGUGUUCCCAGGGAAUGAGAAGUUGCAAGCUGGCUGCCACGGGGCCGGUCCACUGAAGGGGAGGAGGGGGCUGAGGGCUGAUUGGCAGCCACAAAGACCCUCCCUCCUCCCUGUCCCCUCUCCUGCCUUCUCCAGCUGAUCCGAAGGAGGUGGGGCAGCCGCUCCAGGCCUCAGCAGGGCUCUGCCCUGUAGCAGUGAAAUGAUGAUCACCUGGGCCCUUGCAGGAUUCUCCGUGCCCUUGACAUCCCUGUCCCUGUCCCCCUGGUACACUGCCUCAACUCCUGACAGCACAGAGAGGAGAGGGAGCCCUGUGAGGCUUGAGACCUGUCCGCACAGGAGAGGGUUGGCAGCAGCAGGGGGGAGUGCUUGAGCAGCAUCUGGGCAGCAUGGACCAAACCCUCUGAAGCCAGACCCUUCCAUAACCCUGGCCCCUUCCCACAGCUCUUGCGCC